GUGAUCAGCCGUCUGUCUUCGGCAAAGAAAAAAAAAAAAGAACUACAGACUCUAAAAAGAAAACAACUUUCACACAGUCCUUCGCGCGCGUUUUCCACGCGCAUGCGUGCCCACCUCGCGUACCCACGCGCUCGCGCAACAAUAUAUAUGUACUAUACGUACGUAGAUAUCUCGGUAACCUACAAACCCAAAGUGACGCUGAGAGGGAGAAGCGCGAAAGCGAAAGGAGUCGAGUCGCAUAUUAUCCCACACACACGCGUUGACGUGAAACGGUUUCCUCGUCGCGCUAGACUGAUCCAUCAGCUGUGCAAGUUCGCCAGGAUAAACACCGGUCGUCUAGGACAUGGCCGGUGUGGUACCGUUGUCCAGCAAGUCUGGCCGGAAACAGUGGACUCUGCAUGAUGGACCAAAAGGCUCUUUAAGAAGAUUGCGAAAUCAAUUAGCAGAGGAUGGUUGUCCAGAAUCACAAGUGGUGUUGGCUAAACAGCUAUUGGAAGAGUCUUGUGAAUUGGAAGUUGACAAGGAAGAAAAUGCCAAGUUAGGUGUUUACUGGUUAACUAAAGCAUCUGAACAGGGUAAUUUGGAAGCUACAGACAUUUUACGUAAAUGCUUAGCUACAGGACGAGGUAUUACUGAACACAAUUAUUAUGACGUAAAAGGUUGCCUAGACAUGACACAAGAUGAAAAACUUGCUAGGCGAGCUGCUAGAGAAAUGUUUAUAAGUUUGUCCAAUGGUGAAGAAUUUAUCACCACUGAGCAGCUACAAAGGUGUAUGAGAGAUUUGGUGUUUCCUUCCAUAACUAAAUCAUCCACUACCACAAGAUAUGUUAAUGGUAAAACUCAUUUUCAAAAGUUGAGUGAAGAUACUUGUAGUCAAGACUCACAUUCAGAUGAUGAUUCUACUCACGAACAAAUUGAAGACAAAGUUCAAGAACUCCCUCCAGAUUGGUCGGCACAUCAAGGCGAAAAAAUAACCGAAGCAGCGCUUGUAUCAGCCGCAACAUCGUAUGCACGCGGCACCAUACCUGUAGUCUCACGAGCACUGUGUUUCAUAGAUCCAGCUCAAAUGGAGUUGGAUGCAAUACCAUUACUACAACGACCUUUCGUUCACCCACUCGCCUCCUUCAAACGACUAUACGUUUGGCUAAUCGAAACACUUGGUCGCCGGACUGUGUCGCUUCGGAAAUUAUUUUUCACAAGUCACGUGCACACGCUCGUGCUUAUUCUGCUUCACGCGCUACUCGGUGCCGAGAGCAUUAAACUUUUUAUUCCAUUAGCCUUCUAUUAUCUAUCCUUUAUAGUAAUGAUUCUGGCUACGUUCCAGAUUCUACAGAGUAAAAGAGAAUUGUCUGAAUUACGAGUUUGGUCACAAUUGUUUCUCAGCUAUUCCGGUGGUAGUUUAAAUCCCGAAGAAGCCGAGUAUCAGUUCUGCAGGAACAAUCUCAAGCCGUAUGGUCACUUUUUUUUGGCUUUGUUGAUGAAUUUAAUGCUAUAUCCUAUAGUAGCUCAUCAAUGGACUCCACAAUCCGAAUUCACAGUGAUAGCUUUCACGUUGACAUUAGUCACUUUGUUCAACUUUGUACGGAUUUCUCGAGGUUUGGACUUCCUGGCACUUUUUAGUUUCAGUAUAAACGUAUUGGCAAAGUAUCCGUACGAAAUGGACGCGGUAGUAGCGCAAACCUGGCGAUUUCUUGACAUCAAAGUACCAACUUUUGCCUCGUAUGUCAUCGGUAAUGGCAUUGAGUUUUGUCUCAACUUUCGCGUCGUGUUCUACCUGUUGAUACCUGCAGUGUGCUUGAAGAUGGCUGCAAAAGAGAAUUGGAGAGGCACUUACAAAACCCUGAUUCCGCACUGUGUGACGCUUAGCUGGUGGCAAAUGUCUGUACUCAGCUCGCAAAGUGCUACUUGGUAUGGCUUGAUCAGAGGUGCCUUGGCUUUAGUUGGGAUGGUGCUGUUUCUACCGAUUGUUGGUUUGGCUUCAAUCAUUUUACCUAUUAUUGCUACUGCCAAAUACAUGUCCGAGAGCGAUCUCAUAAUGAGGGUUGGUGUUACGGCUGUACUUGGAGGAUUGCCGUUCGCUGCCUCUUGGUAUCUGAGGAAAACUAGAACGCCAAGAAGGUUCAACUGGGUUAUCACUUCAGCUCAGUUGAUUCUUGGAAUUAUUGCCGGUGCAUUCCUCAUGUGGCCACUGAUCACGGGUUACAAAAGUACGUCCAGCGUGGAAUCCAGUCCAUUUGAGAUGCCGUCCGAGCUUACAUGGGAGCAAUAUCAAAAUUAUUGCCACCAACCUGCGUGGGAAGAGUCAUCGUCCAAAGCUCAAAUUCAAGUUAAAUGUGCGCAACUCGAGGGGAUAUCUGUCUCUUGGGAGGGCUACGUCACUAGCACUCGUAUCAAGUCCAUUAGCAAUAAUUUGGCUCUUCUCGUCGAUCAAUUUCCUGAUUUCAUAGCCAAUCCAUUGCGCUGUGCUUUUGGCGAACCGCACAAAGAUGAUUGCGACAAGUAUACAAAUGAAAUUCGCAAAAUGAACUGUAAAGCAUAUUUGAAUGCUCGUAAGAAAAAAAGCAAAUGUCAUUUAGCUGCUUGGAACUGGUACCAAUUCGAAAUUUUUAUAAAGAUGAAGAAUGGUAUAUGGGGUAGUAGUGCUCAAGUUGUCCUUGUAGGUGAUCGAUCUUUCUCCAAUUUCAGUCUUAAUGUUUAUCCUGGUGAUAAAAUAUGGUUCACUGGUAUCUUAUCUAAUCACGGGGUAAACGGUGAAUCUCUUCUUGGAGGUUCGGCCCCUCAUGUUAUUUUAGAUGAAGUUGGCUGUCAUGUUUGCUCCGCCAUAGAUUUAAAAUCGUAUAAGAGAGAUGAAUACUGGAUUACUUUGAUGGAUGUUGCAAGAGGUGUCUAUAUGGGGACUAAGACCGUUUUAAAUUUUCUUCUUAAUCCUAUUGUGAUAUUUAAAUAAGAUUUUUUUCAUGCUUUUUAAAGCCUUUAAUAACUCAAGUUGAUACGUUUUAGAAUCGUACUUUUAAUUACGUUUUUGAAUAUUCGUUCAAAUUAUUAAAAUUUUUUUUUUUAUCUAGAGUUCAUAUUUUUAUGAUAUGAAGCAUUUUUUAAGAUGCAUUUUUUACUGCGUACAAAAUGUAAGUACGAAAAUAACAAUUUUAGUUCUUCUCUUCAACAAUAAAGCUAACUCAGUAUUGAAAUGUUACCAUAUUUAUCGCAAAGCAACGGAAAUAUUCAAACGAAUUGUACUUUCAUUGAGUUUGGUAUACCGUAUGAUCGAAAUCUUAAAAAAAUUACCUUCACUUUAUCAUAGUAUAUGAAUUUUUAUAUGGUGGCAAAUAGUUUUAAAAUAACAUAGUUUAUAUUAGAUAUAUGGAGUUUGUUGUAGAUUCCUUAACUUUGUGAGCCAAAUAGUUUAUAAGUAAUUAACUAGAAUUAACGAAUAGAAAUGUUUACCUAUUUUAUGUUACCGUUCAAUCAGGUAUUUGCAUAAGUAGAAUAUCAUUAUAUUCUCAUAUAUUUGUCAUGAUCACAUUGCAUGUAAACUAAGAUUAGUUUCAAUGCCACGAAAAUACGACGAAUUAAGAACUAUUUUUUUAUUAUGUUAAAUAAUUAAUAUGCGUAAUUUACGAUAACUUCUCUACUGAAAAGACUUUGUUAAUUUAUUGUUGAGAUGUAGAAUGUUAUAAUUAUGAAAUUUUCUGUAUAAGUAGUAUGAAAAUUGACGUACAUAUAUUAGACGUAUAGAUAUCUAGGCAGUGAUUACAUGUGUCAAAUUUUAAUACUUGAUUGCAUUUAAAAUUAUUCAUACAGUGCUAAGGUAAUAGUUCAAAAAACUGUUCAUUUAAACUUUCAAUUUGUAAGAACUGCAGUUGAUCUAUAAAAUGCAUUGCACGAAAUUUGAUCGUUUAUUGUAUAAACAUUCUCCAACAGAACAUGCGUCUUUCUUGACGUAAAUAAAAAAAGUAUCUUUGAAAUUGUGUAAGCUUAGAGAAAGUUAUAUUUUGUUGUAAUUUUAUUCACUUAUAACAAUAAAAGGUGCCUUGCAUUAUAUUAAAAU